AUGACUUCUUUGAGCUCCGACGUCACGAACGCGGUCUGGCAUGCUUAUCAUUAUCAUCAACAAAUUCUCAAGGGAUGUGUCACCCGUAAUAGUUUGACGGGAUUGAUUUCCCGUAUCGGGCAGGUUGUUGGCGCACCUUUGGUGGCCCACACUCUUUCUCUCCAGCAGACACCUCCGAUCCAUUUCGGUCAACUGAUGUGUUUUCUCGAGAGGGAACUAUUCGCGCCCUUCCAAGCAACUUGUGAUAUAAAAUCCAUCCAAAGGAGUCGGGAUCUCAUUGAAGAGGCUUGCUGGCAUGAAUUUUCCCCGGAAGUCAUGGGUUCGCGGUCAGAUGGUCGCGAGGUACUUCCGGAAAAAGCGAUCUAUCACAUUUUCAGAGUUUUCUGUUUCCUCGCGGACCUCCAGACCGAUCCAGUGACGGGUGAAGUGAAUGUAAUGAUGUCUCCUGACGAGGCUGACGGAUUCUGCCGCUCGUUCGCAGUAGCUCUAGGAGAAGAAUGGGAUCCGAGCUCGCUAGAGGGUGAUCCCUUGCGGAAGCCAAUGAGUUUUGAAAACCUCUUGACGUUCCUAGAAAGUCAUCUGGCGGGUGGCCAAGAUCUGAGGGGCCUGGCAGAAGCCGCUGCAGAGCUGUUCGACAUGUUCGUCGGCGACGUAAUUAAGAAAGGACCCAUCAAACGCCGUAUUUUCGGCCUAUGGUGGGAUUUCGUGAUGGUAGUUCGCCCGCACUUUCUACAAUUCUACAACAAUCGAGGCAAGAAGAUGAGCGAAUUUCAAUUGACGUCUGCCUCGUUUGUGAAGAACGCAGCCCCUUGCGCAUCGGCGGCGACUGAAUCGAUCUCGAACAUCCUUCUUUGGCCUACCUCGAGUCAGAUAUCCAGUCGGGGUCAUAAAAUUCUAAUUCAAACCGAGUCUCACGAGGCGAACAAGAAAUUGAUCGAAAUCAGUGCUCCUUGCUACAAGUCGAAGCUCCAGUGGAUAAGCGCCAUUCAGUGUGCGAUCGCUCAUUCGCACUCGCUGAGAAGAUAUCAGAGCUAUCUCGCCAGUCAAAGGAAAAUACAGAGGCGCGAGGAACGUCAGAAAGAGCGAGCAAGGGAACAGGAAUGGGAGAGCUCGGUCCGUUCACGAGUCAAGCAGGAAGUUUCUUCGCUCGAGAAGGAAAUCGUUUUCUUGAAGCUCAGGGUUGAAGAGGAAACCAAAGCGAAAAUCGACGAAGAAAUCGUUCGCGGAGCGCAAUCGCGACUCCUGCUGGAGGAAUGGGACAAAAUCGAAAAACUCCAACAAGAGCUUGAAGCGACGAAGUCGGAGUUGAAACGACUCAAAUGUGAGACCGUUUCUCAUAGCAGGUCCCAGACCCAGAGAGCGCCGCCACUCUCCCGAGCGAAAUCGUGGUCGAAUCUGAGCGAACCUGGCAACGCAUGA